UCAAAGCUCAACAUGCAACUGUUACUGAUAGGCCUUCUGCUGGUCCUAGUCCUAAACUACAGCGCCUCUAUUUGGAUAAAAAAAUACAUGGAGAACUACCAUCGCCCUACAUAUUACAAUAAAAGGCACAGUUCCAAAGAUCACGUGGACUACAAUCGCGAGGCACUCGAGAAGCGGGAUAAAGACGGAAAGAACGGAACAGGAAUCCGGCCUCCCUUUGAUCCGGAGAAGGACCUUAGUUACUAUGUCCAUGUGCUUCACCUUGGCUCUGUGAUCUGCCCGGGAGCUCUAAUCUCGUACCGGAUGGUUAUCACUUCGUCGAACUGCUUUCAGCCGAAAUCAGAAGAUGAGAGGACAUCCCUUGUGUACAGGGCCAGUGAAAUGGGUGUGACGACUGGCGGCCAGUUCGCGAUGAGUAAUCCGCAUCAGGUUAUCGCUUUCUUUAUGCCUGUAGAUAAGGUCAAAGAGAAAAUCAGUUCCGUGGCUCUCCUGGGUUUACAGUCUAAACUCUCUCGGAAUUCCUAUCGCCACAUAGAUCUUUACCAAAAAAAGACGAAUGCGGGAGAUCAAAUAAAAAUCGCCUUUUUGGAUCCACAAAGCUAUCGCAUCGAGCAUUCUACAGAUUCCAAGAUUUUGAAAAAAGAUCGAUGCCAAAGUUACCACACCGUGAUUGAACGCUUUGGCACAAUACCGGGCUUUUCCACCGAAGGAUCGGACUAUUUCUGUACGGCUAGCAAGAAAAAUCCGACCACAUGCAGCACUCGUCCCGGAGAUCCGUUACUCGUUGACAACAAACUGGCUGGCAUAAACGUGUUCGGCGCGGUCUGUUCCAACUCACCGAUCGACGUCAACAUAGACAUAUAUAUGCCAAUACGGCCCGUCGUCAAGUUUAUCCAGAUGGCCACGGACGCCCUGCGGGCGUUCACGCACACGGGUCCCUACAAUACCUCGAAUCCUUUCCCGUCACCUUUGGUUGAGUCCCUAAUCACUCGGCAACCAAAUUUCUUCGUUGGCGAAACUCUAAACUUCACGGAUAUUUAAGAAAAAUAUUUUCUAUUGAAUUCAAGCCUCUUAUAUUAUAUUUGUUAAUAAGGCAUAAUGGCCUGCAUAUCUGUAAAUUAUAUUGCAGAACAUAUACAACCACUUUAAAAUUACUUUUAUUUGUAUAAUUUUCAUACUGAUAAAUAAUAAAUAAUAAAAUAAGAUUCACGGCAUUGCAAAUCUGGCAAAUGCGUGUCCAAACAA